GAAGAAGGUCUUACCGGUUUCUAUACUUCUAGUCAUUCUUUCAUUUCUAUAAAGCCGACCGGCUGAUAUGGUUCAGAGAUGCAUUGGUUAAAAACUCGCUGCAGCAGCAGCUCGAGCGGCCACGCCUCUCCCUUCCCGGUGCUUGACGCUCCGGAGCGCUAGUUGUCUGUGAGAAGAAGGGUUUUUUUGAAGAGAUUGUUGAGGAAAAACACUCUAAUGGGUGAGCGGAAAAGAAUGUGACAAGCGCAUUGAGUGUGUGCGUGUCCAGUGCCGCUCGCGCUGCUGCACCUGUCCCUCUCCGUCUCGCGCGCCCAAACUCGGCAGGCAGGCUCGCGCGGGAGGCGGGCGUUAUCCAGUCAGCGGCGCACAACACGGUCAGCCUGAACAUGACUUCGUCCUACAAUCUGGAUUUUCUACCCGAGAUGAUGGUGGAGGGACGAUUGCUGAGCGCCGGAGAAAGGAUUAACGGUACAGCUGGGAAGAUGAACGGCGCCCUGGAACACUCGGACCAGCCUGAUCCGGACGCUAUUAAGAUGUUUGUGGGUCAGAUCCCUCGCUCCUGGUCCGAGAAAGAGUUAAAGGAGCUUUUUGAGCCGUACGGAGCUGUCUACCAGAUCAACAUACUGCGAGAUCGUAGUCAGAACCCACCACAGAGCAAAGGGUGCUGUUUUGUCACAUUCUACACACGGAAAGCUGCCCUGGAGGCCCAGAAUGCACUGCACAACAUAAAGACCUUAACUGGGAUGCACCAUCCCAUACAGAUGAAGCCCGCAGACAGUGAGAAAUCAAAUGCGGUGGAGGAUAGAAAGCUGUUCAUCGGCAUGGUGUCGAAGAAAUGCAAUGAGAACGACAUCCGGGUCAUGUUCUCUCCUUUCGGACAGAUCGAGGAGUGUCGCAUCUUGAGGGGACCAGACGGACUCAGCCGAGGAUGUGCGUUUGUCACGUUUUCUACCAGGGCUAUGGCACAGAAUGCAAUCAAAGCCAUGCAUCAGUCUCAAACCAUGGAGGGCUGCUCCUCCCCCAUGGUGGUGAAGUUUGCCGACACGCAGAAGGAUAAGGAACAGCGGCGGCUGCAGCAGCAGUUGGCGCAGCAGAUGCAGCAGUUGAACAGCGCGUCUGCCUGGGGCAGCCUGACCGGCCUGACUGGCCUCACCCCGCAGUAUCUGGCAGUAAGAGGACACACCCAUGUAGCCACGCCCACCAGCAGCACAGCCAGCGCAGCCGCCGCAUUGCUCCAACAAGCGACCUCCUCCAGUAACCUAGGAGCGUUCAGUGGUAUUCAACAAAUGGCAGGUAUGAAUGCUCUGCAGUUGCAGAAUCUGGCCACUCUAGCAGCAGCAGCGGCUGCAGCACAGAGCUCGGCCAGCCCGUCCACAGCUAGCGCCCUGACCUCCAGCACAGGGUCCCUGGGAGCCCUGGCCAGCCCAGCAGGUUCCACAGUUAACUCCAGCGCGGGUGCGAUGGGUUCCCUGGGUUCUCUGGGGACACUGCAGGGUCUGGCUGGGGCCACCGUGGGCCUCAAUAACAUAAAUGCACUAGCAGGUAGCGUCAACAUUGCUCACAUGCUCUCAGGUAUGGCAGCUCUGAACGGCGGGCUGGGCAGCACGGGCCUGAGUAACGGGUCGGCCGGGCCCAUGGACGCUCUCACACAGGCCUACUCAGGGAUCCAACAGUACGCGGCUGCCGCCCUGCCCACCCUCUACAGCCAGUCCCUACUGCAGCAACAGAGUGCUGCGGGCAGCCAGAAAGAGGUGGUUUCUUCACUAAACAUGGACACAUGUACGUUUCGUGUGUGUGGAACAGGACCGGAAGGAGCCAACCUGUUCAUCUACCACCUGCCACAGGAGUUUGGGGACCAGGACAUCCUACAGAUGUUCAUGCCUUUCGGAAAUGUGGUGUCUGCCAAAGUCUUUAUCGACAAACAGACCAAUCUGAGCAAGUGCUUCGGUUUCGUCAGUUAUGACAAUCCUGUGUCAGCACAGGCUGCCAUUCAGGCGAUGAACGGGUUUCAAAUCGGCAUGAAGCGCCUCAAAGUCCAGCUCAAGCGCUCGAAGAACGACAGCAAACCGUACUGAUCUUAGCACUAGGGCCUCUCUCAUGUUACACUGCUAGGGUAAGUCCCCACUGCUGCCACGGUUGCCAAACUGGGACUCCGGGGGGAGGGAGUGCACGAGGGGGAGUUUCACCCUUUGACCACCAGAGGGAGCCACUCUCCCAUAACCUUCUUUUCAGCUUUUUUAAUUAAUAACAGUAUUAUUUUGUCUCUUUUUUUUCACAUGAACGCUUCCAUUUCCGCCAUUUUUUUGUAUGACUUGCGAUGGAUGAACAGCUAUUAUUGGUCAACUUUUUUUUUCUUUUUAGUUUGAGUCAUGUGUAAACUAUUUGAUUUUUUUUUUUUUUAAGUAAAUAUUUAUACAAUGGCUAUUUCAUUCUAUGAUGAUAACAACAGCAGAAAGAAACGAUGUAUAAAGUAUUAUUUGUUUCUCUUUGUGAACCUGAGGCUUGUAAGGACAAGUAGAGAAGGUUCCGAUAUGAUUAAAGCACCAAUAUGCACAUUAACCUUUGCCCUUUGGCCUCUGGUGUCGGUUCAGGGCUUUGCUGCUCCUUCGAACCCUUGGCCCACUGGCACUAGAGAGGAAAGGGUUAAACCCGCUGUGGCCUCUCUGUAGUCAACGGCAACAACUGCCUAAACAGCUUCCUCAACAAAUACUUGCCGUCAAAUGUUCAGUGAUUUUUCUUUUUUCUUUUCUUUUUUCAGUCAUUUUCUGUCAGUAAGGGUUUUUCGUUAUUGUUGUUUGUAUUUUUUUUGUUUUUUUAAAGAAAAAAAAAUAAGUCCGAAUUUUAUGCGUCAAAUGAUUGUGGUCUUUGUCCAACAGAAUUUGUGUAGAGCAUUAAACAAGAUUUUGAUCUGUCGAUGGUUAAAAAGAAUAAAGCAUUCUAGGUUCUAUGUGGAGGGGUGGGGAACUGAAAACUUGAUGUUUAUCGAAAGGAAAAAAAAAUUUAAAUUACAGAAAGCCACAGGCCUGUAAAUUUUAUUUGUAAAAAAAUGCAGUUCUAUUUUUAUACAAAAUUUCUACUGCCUCUGAAGUAAAGGACUUUAUUUAUUAUCUUUUAAGUUAUUGGGUUUGGAAAGUCGUGCUCUCUCUAUCCUGAGCCUCGUCCGGUAGUCUUCUUAAACCACACAAUCUGUUGUGUGACGAGAACACAGAAUCACGUACAAAACCCCUCUUUUUCUUUCUUUCUUUCUCUCUCUCACCUUCCCUCUCGCCAUUUACCACAAUCCCAUCUGUCACGUCCCCAUCAUAUCUGUCUUGACUCUCUCUUCCUCCUUUCUCUUUCGUCAUAAGUAGUGGCACUUCAUAAGUGAAAUCUCUUUUUCGUUUCAUUUUGUUUCGUAUUGUUUGGAUUUUGUUCGUACUCUCCAAAAAAAAAAAACGGAAUAAUCUCUCCCAAACGGCGAUCCAUCUGCGGUCUCGGAUCAGGAUGGAUACUUUUGGGUGUAUGUCUGUAUGGAGGAGAUGGAGUGUGUUUGUAUUCUCUGUGUGAGCGAGUGCCUCAUUUACGUGUACAUGUUGGCAAUUUAUUCCAAAUUUGUGUACUGUACGAAAAAAAAUGCUAAUGUGAUGUUGGUGAAACGCUGGUUAAUAGAGCUGCUGCUGUUGUUUGUUUGUUUGUUUGUUUUGUUUGUUCGUUUGUUGUUCUCAUGGUUUAAUGAUGUUAGUUGUGUGCCGGAGCUGUGUGUGUAACUCUCCUCUCCCGUUUUCUUCCCUAGAACUCAUCUCCAUGACUCUAUGCUCAUCGUUUGCCUAGCAUGUCUACGUGGCGUACAAAAAAAACCCGUCUCAUCGUCCCGUCAUUGUUUCUGAUGUCUUUCUGAGUUCUCCUGCUCAUAAUCUGGUCUCCUUUUACUGAUCUUUGUACUUUGAUCCUAGCCUGAUCUUUUUGGAAAAUUUUCGCAUGUGACCUCAUUUUGAGCUUUUUUUUUGUUGUUGUUGUUUUUGUUUUGUUUUGUUUUUGUUUGUUUAGAUUAACUGGUGAGGGAGGGAGCGAGGGAGGGAAGGAAGGGAGGAAAGACAAAAAAAAAAAAAAACAAUAAUAAUAAUGUGAAAACGCUGCAUUCACACUCUAGAGACAGAGUAUAUUUACUAACAUAACCAGAGCAUCCUUUUAAGAAAACAAAGAAAAAAAAAAACGACAAAAAAAAAUAAAUCCUGUGGCAAAACAAUUACAAAUAUUUGCGUUUGACUUUUUUGUUUCUUUUUUAUUUGUCAGAUUGUUUUUGUUUCUCUCUCUCUCUCUUUAUGUUGUUGUUUUUUGUUUUUCAUUCAUUUAAAGUAAACUUGAACGUUCAAUACAGGGAUUGGCGUUGGGACUUACUGUCGGCAACACUCUUAAUUUGAGGCCUGCCGUAAGAAACCCACGCUGGUUUCUAAACGAAUAGACUACUUCCACGCAGUUUUAAUAAAAAAAAAUAAAAAAGCUGUCUGAUCGAUAUUAGAAUCUCUCAGAGCUUGCUCGUGGUUUUUACAUUUUUCAGGCAGUGUAAAGUUUUUUGAUAAGGCCAUUUUAAGUGGCUUGAUUUCUCAUUAAAGUCUAUAUAAAACCACUUUUUUCUAGAGUAGUAAAGGUAUUAAAAAAACACACAAGAUUGCCCUGUUUGGGGGGAAAUGCUACCUACGUGUCACACCUUUUGCUGAACUGACUUACAGUUAGACAAUCCGUGGUUUAAAUGCACAUGAAAUGACCUAUAUUUUAUACUGUUUAAAUGUAUAGAGGAAAAAAAAAACAGAGUUUGUGUAACCCGCGGUCCCGUCGGUGCUUUUCGUGGAUAAAGUCGUGGUUUCAUCAAGUCUAACAGUCUUAUUUGUCUCAUGUUUUUAAAGAGAAGACUAAAAAUCAAUUUACUUGAACAAUAGACAAAGCCUUUCAUAAGUACUAUUACUACUACUUUUUUCGUUUUGUUUUGGUUUGUUUGUUUGUUUGUUUUUUUCCUUGUUUUUUUGUUCUUUAUUUUUGUUUAGUUUCUUUUUGAUAGGAGUCCCUCUUUGCUAAAUUUCUUGUUGGGUAAUUAGCUAUAUAAAAAUUCUUAAAAGUUACAGUGUCGGCUUGUGAAGCAUCUAUGUCAUUAUAUUAUUUUAUUUCUAUUGUGGGAAACAAUAUUUAGAUGUGUUAUGUUGUUCAGCAAAAUGUGAUUUUUUUUUCUUAUAAAGAAAAAACAAGAUGAGUGGAAUUUAGUGCCAAAUUCUGACGGUACAUCCUGCCUACAGCUUCAGUGUUUUACUUGUGAAAUUAUUUGAUAACAUGGGUAUUUUAUUACGUAAGUGUUUUGUAUGGAACCCUCAUAUUUAAAGAUAUAGAUUUAAAAAAGGUUGUUAACUUGCUCUUCUGUGGUCUUGUUGCCUGAAACUGUUCAUGUUUUUGCUUUUCUUUCUUUUUUUCUUUAUUUGUAAAGAUGUACAAAGUGCCCAUGUGUCAUUAUCGCUCUCACAAGCACACACACAAACACACACAUACAUUCACAGGUAAGCACAUACACACACGCACACAUGCACGCAUACACACACCUGUGCUAAAGGUUGACCUCACAACCCUCUUUUCUUUGACGGUGUGUGUAUGUGAGCCCCUGAGAUUGAGUCUCAGCUGUUCUCCUUAUACACACACACUUACACACAAUACACCACAGAAGGCCCAAAUUUGACAGGACAAAUUCAUCUGAUACAUCAUGUUUGUCGGUGAACAAUUUUAUGUGUGAUGGGACAAAAUAUUGACGUAUUUUUAUGAAUCAGGCGUUGAACUUUUGACCAUCAUAAUAUAACACAGGGCCAUCAUGACAGCCACAUAAUCAAUACGUAACAGCUGAUCUGUGUUCCUCUACGUUAAACCCAAAACGUCUCAGUGUAGUCUCGCUUUCUGCUGCCUUUAUCAGGACUAUUUUACGUUCGUAGGACAACCAAAAUUCUGUCCUGAUGCCAAAGUAGUUCAGCGUGAUCCGCAGUGUUCGAUAGCGCCUGUAGCACUUUGCUGUAAACGUUUACACAUCGUUCGAACGGCCCGUAAAAAUAUUGUUUACAAACGUAGUUUACAGGCAGCCCCCUCAAAACCAGUUUACUUCACUCUAUAGCACUAUUUUAUACCCAAGCUCUGCCGUUGCCUUAACACGUCUAUCAGUAUUAAUGGGCUGGAAUACAUUGCUGCACAUUUAAAAUGUGUGCCAAGGUUGUGUGUGUGUGUGUGUUACGUGUGACUGCGUACAGAUGUGUGUCUGUGCUAUGAACGGUUGUUCGUUGUCUAUUCGUCCACGUUAUUUCUAAUCUUUAGCCUAAACUGGAUCUGCCAAACUUUGUGCCAGUUGAAAAACAAAAGGGACUCAUUCAUGAAACUAGAACAAAUUUGCCUAAAUCAUUCGUAACCAUUUUUAUUUAAACUUUCGUACAAGCGAAACAAAUUUCUGUAAAUUUGUGUAAACUUAAAUUGUGCAUAAGCAAACAAAUUUCUCUGUAUAUCGUACGUAAAACACUUGUACAUAAACUGCGUCUUGCAUGAAUACAUGCAACUAUUUUAAGUCAAUUUUUGCACAAGACUUUUGAAUUGCGGGAAUUGUGACCUAUGACCAUUCUUACGUAAAUUGUCACGCACAUGCAGAAAGAAUUUGUGUACAUUGUUCGUAAAAACAUGUAAAUCAAAUGUCUUAAAGCCAAACUGAACUGUUAAAUGACCAAUGACUUUUGUUGCGUACGAGAAAUUUUGUACGAAUGGUUUAUACAGAAAUGUGUUCUACUUGUCUUUCUUGAAAGAGGCCCAAAAAAUGGAAAUGUUUUCUUUAUAAUUUACCCCUUAAUGAUUAAGUUUCGUAUUGGGAAGUUUGAGUCGGUCAGUUUAUGAUAUACUGUUCUCUUUGCCAAAUCGUAUAACCACUAGCACAAACACAAAAGCACAUGCGCACUAGCACAGCGUUAUCGCGCAGUAUUAAAAUUGACGACUCUUUGCUUACCCAGUACGGCGGUCAAGUCAAUUGACUUGUUACUUAACCCUCCCCGAAAGUUGCUGAAAAUUUCGUUCGCAAGACCGAUCAAGUAAGAAAUUAUAAUCAUGCAAAAUGUUUCAUGGAAUGCAUCUUUGCUUGACCUCAAUUUGAUUCGUUGGACUUGAUGUAAUAUCGCUCUGAAAUGAACCGCAGUUCGGCGUAAGUGUUUUUACCUCAGCACAGUGCCGUAUCGGGGCUUCUGAAAUAUCGAUAGUUGUUCAUUUCCAUCUCAGUGUUCUGUUUCGUUUACUAUACUUCAUCACAAUCAACUUCAGACAAAACAGGGUAAGCUUUCACGGCCAGCACAAUUUCACACACACACACACACACACAUACACAUAUUUGUUAGAUGUUUAGUAAAGCACAAACUCACAAGGAGUUCUCGCUGAGACUCUUCACUCAGGGGUUUUCCGCACCACACGCAUCUGAAAUCUGUUUGUUGUUUCUUUUGUUUCUUUCUUUCUCUUAAGUGCUAUUUAACAAGUGUAUUUUAAAGGAAAAAACGAUGUGUAGUUUCUUUGCAUUUUGGCUUAUGUCAAGUUUUUUGGAAAUGUAUGUGUUUAUCUAACGUGCCGUAACAAAAGCUUGUCGUCUGUAGAUUAAUAUCAUUUUGUUUGAUUCUAAAAAGAUUUAAAUAGUUUUAAGUAUUGUCUUGAGAAAAGCCAAAGUCAAUGCAUUUCAGUGGAUUAUGUAAGCGUGAUACAUGUUUGUUUGACAACACUUUGAAAAUCUGUCAUUGGAUGGGAAUUUAAAAAGUACAAAAAAAGCAGGCUUUCCUAUUUCUAUCACUGAUUGUACUUAUGCCUUUUGUACCAGUGGAACUUUUUAUACUGGCAAUUAAAGGAAAAAAAAAAAAAAAAAAACUAUCCGACAGGCUGCGCGGCCCCAGCCAGGGGCCGACAGCGACUGGUUCCCGAGUUUGAUUUCUAGGUGGCGUCCAGAACGUUAGGUUUUGAUAUAAAGAUUUUUUAGAAGAACUUUGGCUUGGUAUCUUUAGCCUCCUCUUCUUUAUUCUUCACAUCGGUAUUUGCUUUCCUUUUUCUUCUUCUUUCGUUCGUUUCCUUUCUCGGAAAGAGGGUCGAGGAGUUUUCCUUUUGGCUUAUAAAUACGUAAUGCCGUUUGUCUUUACAAAGAGUCUUUACAACAGCGGUAAGUUUCAUUUAGUUAAGUAUUGUGCAGUCACCAUGAUAAAGACGAUUAGACGAUUUAGAAGUAUUUAGUCACCUUCAGUGGAUAAAUGUAUUAGUUUGACAAACAAGAUAAAAGUAAUUUGAGGACUUUGCUUUUAGCUGUUUAGAUUUUUCUGGUUUCUCUGUCUUUGCUGUUAACCUAACUGUGUAGCUGGAACAGUCAGACUUAUUUUUGUAAAUGUAUGUUCUUGUGUGAUGCAGUUUUUUGCCUCUGUCUCCGAUAUUAAACCAUUUUUCCUAA